AUGGCCUUCCUCACCUUGGUGCUUCUUCUCGCCGCGCUUCUCUCCCCCGCCGCCACCACUGGUGGCACCGUCACCGUCACCGCCACCGCCACGGCCCUGCAAGGCGAUGAUAGCAGCAGUGUGGUGACCAGGCGCGUGUCGCGUGUUUCUCCGGAUCAUGCCGCAUCUUUCGUCGCAGGCCUUCGUCGUCCGUCCGUCGCUCGUCGCCUGAGCGACGGAGUGGCGCGGCCACCCGCGGCGAGCCCGCAGCCGGGCAAUGUGAAGCUCGCACCCUCGCAAUUGGCGGCGCUGGUGGCGCUGACGGGGUGGGAGGCGGCGGAGCUGUGCUCCGAGUGGACGGGCGUCACAUGCGACCACACAGGCAUGGUCACCAACAUAGAGUUCCAAGAGCUCAUCUUGGCGGGCACCCUCACCCCGCCUGGACGCCUCCCAGCUGACAUCGCUGCCUUCACCGCCCUCCAAGUCCU